GCUUUAGCUAAGCAUAUGGAGGAUAUGGCAGUUCCAGUUAUAAACCUUAGAGAGCUAGAUGGAGAUAGGAGGACCGAAACGAAGUCGCUCCUCCAUGAGGCAUGUGAGAAAUGGGGCUUCUUUUGGGUUGAGAACCAUGGGAUAAAGGAGGCUUUGAUGGAAAAGGUCAAGGGACUGGUGAACUCGCACUACGAGGAGUAUUUGAAGCAAAGCUUCUAUGAGUCGGAGUUGGCCAUGGGACUCGGGCCUCAGACCCAGUCGUCGGAGGCCGACUGGGAGAGCACCUACUUCAUUCAGCAUCAGCCAGAAUCCAACAAUAUCCACGACAUUCCUGGCCAUGAAAUCGAGUUCUGUGAAGCAAUGGAGGAUUAUAUCAGACAAUUGAUCAAGCUUGCAGAGACGCUUGCAGAACUUAUGAGUGAGAACCUUGGCUUGGAUAAGUGUUACCUGAAGGAGGCAUUUUCGCCGGCCUUCGUGGGGACAAAGGUGGCCAAAUACCCUCAGUGCCCCCAACCAGAACUGGUGAUGGGUCUUCGAGCCCGCACCGAUGGCGGCGGGAUCAUCUUGCUGCUCCAGGAUGACAUGGUCCCAGGCCUGGAGUUCUUCAAGCAUGGGAAGUGGGUGCCAAUCACGCCUAAGAAGGAUAACAGGAUCUUUGUGAACUUGGGUGAUCAGGUGGAGGUGAUGAGCAAUGGCUUGUAUAAGAGUAUUCUGCACCGCGUCGCUGCAGACAAGGAUGGAAGCCGUCUAUCCAUCGCUACGUUCUACAACCCCGGAGCCGAUGCGAUAAUUUCUCCGGCUCCAAAGCUCUUGUACCCUGGUGGCUACCGCUUCAAGGACUACCUCGAUUACUAUACUGGCACUAAAUUCUCAGAUAAAGGAGCCCGGUUUCAGACCAUAAAGGACAUGUUCAAGUGACGACGACGUCAGACGAUCUGCUGCUUUCAUGCGGGUGGCUGAUAAGGUAUCCUUUCAAGUUUCCGUUGGUGAUGUAAUAACUGUUUAAAAGAACAAGCCUUUGUCAGGUUGUCGCAUUAGGGUUUUGCUUGUUAAAAUUUGCCUUAAGAUUUUAUGGGAAAA